UUUUUCUCUAUUUUUUAUCCAUAAAAGCCAGCCAUGAUACGAAAAGCCAUCUUUCCUUGCACGCCUUUGCAUUCUAUACUCCAAUUUCCACCGUCUGAUUGAGGGACCUUACUCCUCUACUUGCUCUGAUUCUGAAUCAUUCCUUGAGCCAAACCUCCACCACUACCACCACCGUAUAAAUCCGGUGUUCUGAUCAGUUUGUCUUCUGAAUCGGCUUUCUUCUUUUUCUUCUUCCACCGUUUUGUUCUUUUGCACUCCCAUGGCUUCUCAGCUUCUCAACACAAACCCUAGAGGGUCGAAACCUUUAAACCCAAACGCACAUGCUUUCCAGCCAUGGAAAUCAUUGAAAGCUUAUUAUCUUCCACAUCACUUGUACGAAACACAGGGAAGGAUGCAACUGCCGGCGACGGCGACGGUGCUGGAUUUCGCUUAUCAGCCUGUUUCCUUGCCACUGUUGAGGUAUUCCGGUUUGGGUUGCUACAGUGCACAGUUUCAUCAUCAACCGCUGCACCUGCGAGCUUCUUCCAUUCUUUACCCUAGUGGCGACUUUCCCAUUACCUAUGUGGGUUCUACGAAAGAUUCGGUCACUGAAAUGAUGGAGGAUUUGGGGGAUUCGGUGUCUUCGAGAGGUGAGACAAGGAAAGUAAGUGGGGUUCCGGUGAAGAAGAUGAUUGCACCGAGAUUGAAGAGGUCGCAGAGGAGGAGUUCUAUGCCAGGCGGGGACAAAAAUGGGACCUCUGUUUGGAGGGCCAGAAAGUUUUUGAACGGUGAUGGUUGUGGAGAUGAUCCUUUGCCUCCCUCUGAUGUCAAUGCCCUUGAACUUUCUCUAUCUGGGAAAACUACUGUGAUGAUUAGAAAUAUUCCAAACAAAAUGAGUAGGAAAGAUAUGCUACAAUUACUCGAUGAGUGUUGCCAAGUAGAGAACAGAAACGCGGAGUUGCAGUGUGACUCGCUUCGUACUGAGUAUGACUUUGUCUACUUGCCCAUGGAUUUUAGGUUUAAGUGCAGCAAUAAGGGCUACGCAUUUGUGAACUUCACCACAGAUGUUGCCGCAUUUAGGAUCUGCAAAUACUUGCACAACACCACAUGGGCGGCUUAUGGGACCAAGAAAAUAUGUGAAAUCACAGGCGCCAGAAUCCAGGGAAAAGAAGCGCUAGUUGGACAUUUUCGGAAUUCGAAUUUCGAGUGUAGCACAGAUGAUUACCUCCCGGUUGUUUUAUCUCCUCCUCGAGAUGGUAUGACCGCCAUAACCACACCACGGAUUGUCGGUAGACGCGUUGUUUCCAACAAAUCCAUGCGGAAACAUUGAAGAACGAAACGAUGGCUUAUCAUCGUUUUGUACACUCUCGCUCUCUCUCUCCAUUAAGUGAACGUUGGACACUGUACAGGAUGUCUAGGGGUUGGGUUGUAGUUGUAGUUGUUGGGUUGGGUAUAGUUUGCAUAAGUGUAGUAGUUGAAAACUUGGAACGAAUGUAACCAGUGUUUUCAUUCUCUCCCUAGGGUUUAGUGUGGUCAAUCACAGUCUGGGGUGAAUUGGAAACACGGGCGGGGAUAUUUGCCUGGGCUGGAGUAUUAGUUUUUGUUGGUAGCAAGAGAUAAAGCUGAGGAGUGGGUGCCACGAUCCCAGAGACUGGACUUAGGCGUGGGUUCGUGUGCCUUGUGUUGUACGUAUUUUCCUGCUUCCAGGCUAUGUGAUUUUACGUGUAUCAUGUUUGUUAUGAAAUGCCUUUGAGUAGCUUCUUAUCUCCACCAUUGAUUUGUAUAUUCAAA